AUGAAAUGUUUAGGUAUUUGUUUAUAUAUUGUGGAGAUAAGUUAAAUUAAUGAGAGAGGUAAUUUAUUCAGCACUAUCAAAACAUGGACAAUUCCUAAUUUCUGGCAAUUGAUUUUAGGAGGGUAUCACCGAUCGCUUUUACUGAGAAGCCUUCAACUUGAAGGAUAAAAUAAAUAGUCUAUUCUAAAUCGAAUAUCCCAUUUUAGCACAUUACGAAUUUUCCCUUAGUAACAAACAUUUUUAUUCAACUUCGUAUCAAAUAAUAAUCAUCAUAUUUCUUUCUAUUUCCCAUUCUAUAUUAAUGGGCUUGAGUUAUUUUCGUAAGAUCAACUCAGGAUUUUCUUAAUUUCAUAUUUUUUAAUUGUAAUCUUUUUCUUGAUAAAUCUUUUAAAUCUAAUAUUCCAAUUUUAAAUAGUUUAAAUUUUCAGAUGGGUAAUGUUGAAAUAAUUCCUUUCAAUUUCGUGUUCAACACAGAUAAUUAUUGAUUUCUAGAUAAAAAAAAAUAAUCAUUUUAAGUUGUUGCGUUUUAGAAUCUAAUAUAUAGAGUUAAAUUGA